AUGAACAACGGAAACAACACUACCGUCAAUGAUCCAAGUCUUCAGCGUAUGAUGGACAACACAUCAGCAAUGUACAGUAGCAACCAAUUGGUAUUAGCUCAAAACCUGGACCAGCGCCCUACAAAUACGACUGUUGUAUCCAACAUAAUCCUCACUAAAUUGCCCCCAAACUUUGUGCAUUCAUCAAACUGUCUCCAGGCAUAUACCUCUCCUUCUUUAGGAGGCACGACCUGUCUUUGGGCAAAAUGA